AUGUACAUGGAGUUUGACAUCCGUUACGCUCCAGCUGAGGCAGCCAAAGCUAUUCCUUCUGGAGCCCCUCUCAGAACUCUGGAUGUUCUGCUACCAGUUGAUGCCCAGAGACAGCCUGUUGGAGGACCAGUCCGUGGCUUCAUCAAGCAGGAGAUCCUCCAGCCAAAUGGUAUAGACACCAAGGAUAUGUACUACCCCUUCGGUUUCGACCAGCCAGCUCCUGCUGCUGCUGCUCCAGCUGCUGUUUGUGACCCCGUUGCUCCUGCAGCUCCGGCUGUCCCCGUUGUACCCGUCAUUGCUGCUGCCCCUGCCGCUCCUGCCGCUCCUGCUGCUCCUGCCGCUCCAGCUGCCCCUGUUGUACCUGCGGUUGUGGCUGCCCCUGCUGCCAAACCCAGCAGAGAUGAUGAUGAUGACGAUGAUUAAACAAUAAGAGUCAGCAGGAUACAAGCAGAUGACCAAUGCAGUAACAGCCUACCCUGGUGAAAGAUGACCAGCCAACGCUUCUUUUUCACAAAGUAUGAAAAAAUAUGAUGCA